CUCCUUUCUGGGAGGGGAGACCAUUGUGGGCUGUUCUUUUUUUGUUGUUGUGUAACUAGCAAGUUUUAUCUUAAAAAAACAAUCUGUGAACCCUGCCACCAUGGAGCUCAGCACAGUCCUGUCUCUUGUUCUGGUCCUGUUGGGCUACCUAUGGUGGAAGGUGACUCGCCCAAAGUCCUUCCCUCCAGGUCCCCUGGCUCUGCCCAUUGUAGGGAACUUACUGCAGGUGGACUUCAACAAUUUCCUCAAGGAUUUAAAGGAGGCGAGUGCUAAAUAGGGUGGCUGUUUGUUGGAUAAACAAUAUGUACUAUGUAUGAACUGUUAUUACUUUCCUGUGUGCUGGUUGGAUACAGUAUCAUAAUGUCUUUCAUUGCUUUACUGUGUGCUGGUUGGAUACAGUAUCAUAAUGUCUUAGUAAUGCUUAUAGAGUUAUUUGUUUUGUCAGGAUGUGAUCAGGAAAUGUCUGUGGGGUGGCUCUGUGCUCAAAAUAAGUGGGAUGUUUACAUAUGCUUAGGGAAACUGGUUGAUUUUAUUUAUUUUUUUAAACCCCUUUAGGCAAUUGUCAAAAUUUUCAACAAAAGCAAAUGGUAUGUCUAACCAUAAUUAAGGGAUUCCCAUUAAGUGCUCCCAUAAAUAAUAAUAAUAAUAAUAAUAAUAAUAUUCUUACUAUAUUAUAUACCUAACACAAUAUUAAAAUGACACUAUAGGCAUCUAAAUGUAGAAAGUAAUCCAGGCACUCCAAAAGUCUUCCAAAAAUAGGCAAUUUUAUUGGACCAAAGCACCAAAGUAUCGACCCCCAGGUCUUUGUACAACGUUUCGACCCCCAGGUCUUUGUCAAGCAUUAUAGGCAUCUAGACCACUUCAUCUCAUUGAAAUGGUCUGAGUGCACUGUUUCUGUCCCCCUUAGUCAUGCAAUAUAAAACAUUGCAUUUUUAGAGAAACUGCAAUGUUUACAUUGCACUACUACAAGAUAAGCACUAGAGGCGCUUCCUGGAGUUUCAUAGAGUUUGACUCUGUGAAACAAUGCUGGAUCUUCUCAUCCAAUGUCAGAGAAAGCCACAUAGGAAAGCGUUGCAGCUGACGUAAGAGGAGGUGCAGUGCGAUCCAGUGCUGAGGGACCUCAGGGUUGGGGUCAAGUAAGUUAAUAAAUGGUUAUUUAUCCCUUUACAUCAUUGCGGGGGCUGAGGAAUAUAUUACCCGAUUUAAUAAAUGUCUCAUGUCUAGAAUCUAGAUUAAUAUUGUAUACAAUUCAAGGCAGGCUGUUUUAACCCUUCUGUAGUGUUUGAGUUUAGCUGUCAUUUUCUUCUUUCUCAUUUACUGUACCCACACAUAUAUUGUUUUCAUCAGCAUAAGCUUUCUUUACAUAUCAUUAUUUUGAUCAUGUAAAGCAUUUUAAAAAAAUAAAAUCUUGUGAAAAAUUAGGGGGGGUGGGGGAGGGAGAACCACUAUUUCUGACCUUUAUUUGAAAAAGCAUAUAUGCAUCUACAAAAGCUAUUGAAAAACCUACUAAAAUUAUUCUAAUAUUGUCCUGAGUCAGGGGCGGCUCUAGACUUUAUACGGACUUAGGUGAAACUUGAACAUGAGGCCCUACUAACACCCAAAAUAAGGAGCGCUCGCAGUAUGGAUACAGAGAGUUAGUCUCUGCAUUCAUUGUUGAGAAGCUUGCAGUGUCGCAGCUUCCUGUGCCCCUGCAUUGUGAGCUCUCUGUCUGUAGCUGUAGCAUAAUUUGCAAACAAAAUUCAUUUGUAAUACAUAAAUUUAGUUUGCAAUUAUGCCAAUUGUUUAUACACAAUUAUGGCGUAUGGUUGUAUAGCCUGGCAGUCGUGUAUAAAUAAGAACUGGUGUGAGGGGGUUAUUGUUUGAGCAAAAAAUAUUUUGAAAAACACCAUUUACCAAAUAAUAAAGUUACAGAUAAAAAAAAUAUAUAAAAAAACAGUGCCAUAGAUAUUUUCCUCAUGGUUUACAUAGUUUGAGGAGGGUGUGUGACAGUGGGAGUGGAGGAAAGUGUGUCAGGGUUGGGGUGAAGGGUAAAUGUGGCAUGGUUAGAGGAGGGAGUGUGACAGGAUUAAGGGGGUUACUUUGACAGGGUGAGUGUAACAGGAUUACAGGAUUAGAGACAUUCAUGUGAUAAGAUAAGUGUGGCAGGGUUGGAGGGAAGAGUGUGACUGAGUGAGAGAAGGUGAGUGUGACAGAAUUAGGGGGGUUAAUUUGACAGGCUGAUUGUGGCAGAGCAAGGGCAGCUGAGGGGGUGAGAUUACCAGGAUUAGGAAUUAUUAAUGUGAGUGUGGAUGCGUGAGGGGGCUGGCAGUGUGGGGGGACACAAUGUGUGACAGCGUGAGGGGAGUAUGGUGACACUACAUUGUGGGGAGUGACACUGUGUGGGGGCAUGACAGUGUGUGUGUGAGGGGGUGACAGCGUGUAUGAGGGAUGGAGACUGUGUGUGUGUAGGGUGAUACUGUAUGUGAGGGGGUGUCACUGUGUGAGUGGGGGUUAUAGUGAGAGGGGGUGAUGGUGAUGGUGUGAGGGAGGGUGAUAGUGUGAGGGGGUGAUGGUGAUCGCCUAAUUAGAGAGCUGCGUGAGUUUAGAAAUACCCAAUGUUUACAUGUUUUUUCUGUAAUUUUUGGCAUGCUAUAGGGCAAUACGUACAAGUAGCAUAUUUCUAUUUCAAAACCAUUUCUUCCCCCACAUCCCAUGAAAAUAUCGACAGUGGCAUUAUAACACUAAUAUGUCAUGAGUUCCUGAGUCACCCCCCACAUGUGUAUAUUUUUCAAAAGAGGGCUGAGGGAAAACUAGCUGACAGAAAGUGGCUGUGGAAACACAAAGAGAGAAGCUGAGGAAGGGGUAAAAGAGACAGACAUGAGGAGCUGGGAGGGAGACAAAGAAACAGAGGGGCUGGGGGGAGAAGAGACACAAGUGCUGCAAAGGGAAAAAAGAGACAUGCACAAGGGCUAGGUUAAAAAGAGACAUAAUGGGGUUGGGGGGGAGUAAGAGACACAGAAAGCAGAGGUGUAAGAAACAGAAAAAGAAACACACUACAUCCACUAUAUACACACACUGUGCAUCCACUGUAUAUACACACGCAGUGCAUUCACUGCGUACCGCAUACAAUACCCACAGCCACUGCAUCCACUACACAAAUACACACUACACAGACAUUGCAUUCACUACACACACUGCAUAACAUAAUGGAUGUGGGUGUGUUUUGAUAGGUGUGGUUUUGUUGGGUGGGGCAGUAUUUUAUCCUUGGACAACAUCUUGGGCUGGCCAUGGUAGUAGUCCACAUUUGAGGGGUUGCAUUUCAGUUUUCCAACAUGGAAUUUUGACAUGUAGUCAACCUGCGCCCAUGUCCUCUUUGGGACAUUUAUGAAGACGGUCAAUGUAAUUAAUCAGACUGUAUAUUUUUGAAAUGGUGAUACCCUAGGGUAUUUUUACACUUCUUGUGCACUAAUUUUACCACCAGCCUUUUUCAAAGUUUUAUGAAGUAUAUAUUUUUUGAAAAGUAGAUAAACUAAAAUAAAAAAGUUUCAGAAAAGAUUUGUCCAAAAUAAUUAAUCACAGAGGGGUUCCCUGCAUUUCUCUAUUACAUGAUCUACUAGUAUUUGUAAGCAGUAUGAUACAGCUUGAAGCAGUCCCUAAUACACAGGCCUGGUUUACAUGGGGAGUAGUACAAUGAACCCCUUUUCUAAUGCCUUUUUCUUUUUUAAAAGAGUUGACUCUACAACGCUUCUGUGCUCCAUAUUGUUUGUGGUGUAUGAGGUAUCCUGAAUGGGAGGUGUUAAUUUGAAAGUAUGUUAGAUGCACUGCUCUCUUCACCACAGAACAAUAUUUCUGAAAUUAUCUGCAUCCACAUCCAGAUACCUGUAUUUCUGCUCAGGAUUGGCCAGUUUGUAAAUUACAAAUACGUUGUGUGUUGCUCUAUUUGCAUCCUAUAAAUAUUUAAUUUGCAUCCUAUAUAUCGCAAUGUGUGUUACCUUUUGAAAAUGUAUUUGGGAAAGGGGCUAUGAGAGGCUGAAGUUUAUAAUUAUAUCAAAGUUUGGGUGUUCUUUGGCUAGGCACAGGGCCACCAUCAGAAAUUUUGGGGCCCCCAACCAAAGCACAAGGUCUGGGCCCCCGUCUCCUUCCCUCCCCUCGGGCCCACCCACACCCUACCUAGUCCGCUAACAAUGAUGCAGGACUGAAUGUGGUGUAUAUAGUGGAAGUAAAUUAGAAUGUGUGUAAUGGAUGUAGUGUUUGUGUGUAUUAGAUACUGUUUGUACAGUGAAUGCAGAGUGUGUGUUUGUGUAGCGGAUGCAGUGUGUAUAGUGAAUGCAGAGUGUGUUUAAGUAGUGGAUGUAGUGUGUGUUUGUGUAGUGGAUGUAGUGUUUGUGUGUACUAGAUGAAAUGUGUUUAGUGGAUGCAGUGUCUGUAGUGGUUGUAGUGUGUAUUAGACACAGUGUCUGUGUAUAGUGAAUGCAGAGUGUUUCAAUUUGUGGUGGAUGUAGUGUGUGUACUGUGAAUACAGGAUGUUUGUGUAGUGGAUGCUGUGUGUACAGUGAAUGCAGAGUGUGUGCAGUACCAGUGAAUGCAGAGUGUGUGUUGUGUUGUGUGUGUAAAUGUGCAGUCUGGGGAUGGGGGAAGGGGGGAGAGGAAGGGCCAUUUUCACAUUAAUUUCAAAUACAUUUUAUAUUAAAUUAACUAAAUGUUUCUCCCCCCUCCCUGCUUCUUACCCGUGUCCAGGGAGGUGGGAGAUUCCAUUCCCUGGUGGUCCAGUGGCAUGGGGGCCCCGGCUCCCUGUUACCGCAGAGGGGGCCCAGCACACUGCCUGUUCUCCUCUCUUCUAAUAACUCUCGCAAAAGUUAUUGGAAGAGAGGAGAACAGGCAGUGUGCUGGGCCCCCUCUGUGAUAACAGGGAGCGGGGGGCCCGUGGCUGCACACAUAGCGAUAUUCACUAUCUAUGUGUGCAGAGAGGGAAAGUGGGGCCUGGGACUGCCAGAGCAGUCCUUGUCCCCCAGGACGUCCGGGCCUGUGACAACCAUCAUGGUUGUCACCCCCUGAUGGCGGCCCUGGCUAGGCACCUGUUGUUGUCAUCUGUCACAAACUUCAGCAUCAUCUCUUAUCUAGAUCUGAGCAUGACAUGUUAGAAAAGUGGCUUUGCGUAAACAACACUUUUGUUCCAGUAGGAGCAGACACUAGUCCAUAGCCAUAGCUGAAGCCUAGAAUUUUUUUUUAAUUCAAAUUUGUCUAUUGGCAGCGAGCCAUUAUGGCUUGCCAAGUAAAACGUGAAAUUCUUCCUAUGUGUUGGGCAGCAUACAGAUUUAGCUCUGUAUUAUUAGCAUUUUGUUUUUUAAUCUAUUAUGUUUUUACCGAGUAAUAGCUCCAAAAAGUGCAGUGGGCUGAAAUUGGUAAUAUUAACAUUUAUUCCAGGGCAUGAGGUAAAAGUGGGGACAUCUGCUGUAUAAAUAUUUGGCGGUGCCCACCCACAAUGACAGGGUCAGGAUUAUCGUCUUGAGAGACAACAGAGUCCGUAUCACUCCUGGAAUACCUGUACGCAGCUACGUCAAACUCUGACACGGUGUCAGUGCCUUCCGAAUCAGAGACAAGAAUGGUAUAUACCUGUUCAGCUGUCUACAACUUUUGUAUUUUUAUAAUGAGUCAAAACUAUUUUUAUAUAUGUUUUGUAUAUAUUUUUAUACCCCCACCUAUGUGAAGCUAAAGCCUGCCUAACUGCCCUCUAACUGCCCGUUUGAGUGAAGAUUUUGGGAGUAUCAGCUCAGGUGUGACUGUGCUGAAGGAACAGCUGUGAUGCUAGUAUGGACAGGAUCCAUAAUGGAGGAAAGACUAGGCAGGUUUCGGUAGUAGGGGAUUCUAUUAUUAAAAGAGUAGACAGGGGAAUCUACCGGUAUAUUUGCAUCAAGCAGACAGUUUGCUGUCCCCAAGGUGCUCGGGUCUGGCAUAUUGUUAAUAGAUUAUUGGGAUGUGCUAGAGAUGACCCAGCUGUCAUGGUCCAUAUUGGUAUUAAUGACAAAGUUAGAGGUAGAUGGAGGGCCAUAGAGAAUGAGUUCAGAGAAUUAGGAAGAGAAUGGGUGGAGAUGGGGGUUAGUGGUACGAAGGCAUUAAAAACAUAUUGUACAAGAAAGAAAUGGUAAAUUUAAAUGUCUGCUUGCUAAUGUGUAAUAAAACAGGGAAGUUUGAGCUAUUGACAUACGAGCAGUACAACACAAUUGGGAUUACUGCAAUUUGGUGGAUUGGAACACAUGGUUGGGCUAUUCAUUUUAAUGGAUAUACAUUAUCUUGGAAGGAUACAAGCAAUAGAAAAGGUGCAGGGUGAUAUAUUAAAGGGACACUAUGGUCACCAGAACAGUUACAGCUUAUUGUAUUUGUUCUGGUAAGUAUAAUCAUUUCCUUCAGACGUUUUGCAGUAAACCGUCUUUUCAGAGAAAAUGCAAUGUUUAGAUUACAGCCUAGUGAUAACUCCACUGGUCACUCCUCAGAUAACUACUAGAGAAGCUUCCUGGGGCAGUGCAGCACAGUGUGCAGUACUGCCAUUUGGUGUCUCCACCCCCAAUGCAUUGCUUGUGCUGGCUCUGCCACUGAUCUGCUUCCGUGACAAGCUCAGCCAAAUCGGAUGCUUUCCUACUUUAAAGUAUUGUGAUUGGCUCAGACCACCACUUCUGAUGAGUCAGAUAAGCGGCUGAGCCAGCAGCAGCAGACUGGAGUAAAGGAAAUAUUUAGCUAUAUUUAGUGGGGAAGCGGGGCUAGACGGUGGUUUGAACACUAGAGGGUCAGAAAUACAUAAAAGAAAAACCUGAUGAAGGCGUCCAGCUGAAACGCCUGUUUUAUGAAGAAAUACCUUGAUGCAGCUUAUUGUGCUUUUUAUAUGUAAGAAUUUUAUAUUUGUUUUUGGAAUAAAUUUAUAGAUUUUUACCUCUAAUUUCUGCCUAUUAUCUUCACCAUAUGAACACUGGGGAAGAACACAGCAGCUGAGAUACCUCUUCUUUACAUCCUACUCAUUCCCAUAUACCUGAGCCAGUUUCUAUACAGGUUCCUAAAAAUGUGAGUAGGGUGCAACUAUAUUAUGCAUAAAUUAUAUUUGUUUUGGGGCUAAUAUACAGACUACAUUGCCCUACGUGAGUUUUUCUCUUUUAGAAAUAUCGUUGGACUCAAUUCCUUAUAAAAGUGUUACUUUUUAUAUAUAUUAUUUACAUAUACACUGUGCACAGAAGCGUUGUCAUAUUUUGCUUUGGUUCUAAGUGCGCUAUCCACUUUUUAUCUGUUUUCUGGUCAGGAAUGCAUGUUUGUGUUCCUGACCCGUCAGUGUUCCUUUAAACUUGAUUUUAAGCAGCGUGUUAACUCAAUUGUCUAAAAUGCAGUUGUAUCAUGUGGCAUUAAGAUGAUCUUUCACAUAAACUAAUGAAACCUUUAAAAGAGUCCUAACAAUAGGUGAUUUUUACACUGUAUGCGAUUUAACACUUGGGCCCGAUUCUAUGUGUAUGCAUGGUCUACCACUUUGUGGCUGAGCUGUUGUUGCUCCUAGAUGCUUCCACUUCCCAAUAAUAGGACAUACGGCUGGGCAGAAAUUUCACAAACUGAUUUGUGGCAAAUGUAGCAUUCUAUGACUUUUUUUAUUUUCCGUAUGUCGAAAAAAGGAUCUCAAUUUUAAAACGACUAAUUUUCUGCGAGGAGUUGUGAGGGGCAAUUGAAUAAUUGUUUAAUGUGUUUUUUUUUCUUAUAUAUAUAUAUAUAUAACUUUAGUAUUCUUCUACGCUUUUCAGGUCAUGGUAAAUGGCCAUUUGUAUUAAAAUCUAAUUUUAUUUGGAAAUAUUAAAACAAGAAUAACUGCCUGUACUGCGGUUACCAUUUCUAUAUGCUAAUAUAUUAUGGCUACUAUUUUAUUUCAUUUUUGAAUAAGUAAAUAUUGUAUUUUGUUGUCUUAAAUAACAAUAAAAAGAAACACAAAGAAACGACCCUUUAUAUGUUUAACUUUAUGGUUAAAGCUGCUGCACUGCACAGGCAGCACUUGGCUGCAGACAAACUCCCUCCAUGACCAGAGAGAGGGUCCACCAGUCACAAUGCUCUCACAAUGAUCUAUAGGGAGUGUCUUUUUUAUCUUUUAAAUCUCCUAUUCAGCUGGAGUAUAUAGGAUAAGUAGUUUAGCUGCAGUUCCAAAUAGAGAAGCAGGCGCAGCAGUUUUUUCAAAUUGCUGUAGAUGUAAGCUACUCUCAGUAGGUUGCAGAUUAUUUUAUAAAUCAUAACCUUUGUUAUGGUGAUUAGUCCAAUCCUUUUAAAGAAGUGGGUUUAUUAUGUGACAUGAGUGAAAUGUUAAUCUUCUUGGCUAUUGGACUACUUUAAAAAAAACUCUAUUAACAAUACUUUGCUGAUCUAAGGACGGCAACAUGUCCCACUAAGUGAACAUGUCAAAUUAAAGCAAGGGUAGGCAACCUUUGGUACUCCAAAUGUUGUGGACUGCAUCUCCUUUAAUUCACUUCUAGUCGUAAGGCCAUCAGGUUGCCUAUGUCUGACAUACAGCAACUCAUCUUACUGAAUUGUCUGGAGUUUGUAAUUUUUUUGACAGUUUUAUAAAAGUGCCAGUUUCAUUAGAAAUCAUCACUUAUAUAAAUCUUCCUGGCAAAAUCGCCCUAGUUGUCAUGGUUUUUGCAUGAUGUUUUCAAGUACCCCUAAUGAAAACUUGCAGAAAAAAAAUCAUGAAUAUUUUCUACAGGUACAUUUACUAAAUGGGGAGAAAAAUAAAAAUUAAGAAUAUUAGUAUAUUUAUGAUAUUGGUAGUAUUUGUGAUGAAACCUUUUUUCUUCUUCUUCUUCAGUUAUACAAAGUGUACAAUGUCUUAAUCCAAUUUUUAUUUUAGUUCUCAAAAGCCUACGGCCCUGUGUACAGCAUAUAUCUAGGUACCACACCGGCAGUGGUCGUCAGAGGCUACAAAGCUAUUAAAGAGGUGUUAAUCACCAAAGGCACAGAGUUUGCGGACCGACCUCUGAAUGGAAUCCUGCAGGCCGUCUCUGGUAACAGAGGUAAAUAUUGGGGGAAAAGAUAACAAAUGUCCAGACUAAAGCAAACCUUGGAUGCCUUUUAAAAUGUUUUAUCUAUUUGGUAAAAUAAUUUCAUUUAAACAUAUGAAAUUAUCAAUGAGAAUUUUUUUUUAUCAAAGACCCCCAUUAUUUCAUUUAAAUUCCCCUAUUCGAUGCCCAAGACUGCCCAGUCGCUAGCAGGGCCGGUGCAAGGAUUUUUGUCGCCCUAGGCUUAACCCCACAAGAUAAAACAUGGCCUUACUUUGAAGGGUUAAUCAAGCCUCUAGUAGCGUUCACACUGACAGCCAGUAGAGACAACUUCACUACAAUGCCAUGUUAAACUAUAUGAAGCGUUGAAAGUGCACAGCGAUUGCUACUUAUGCGCAUCAAGUCCCUAAUGCACCUGUAUGAGAAACAUUGGAUUGCGUAGUCGCAUCAGUGACACUGAGCAAGGUAAGGAGGCAAACAGUGUGGAAGGAGUUGGUGCUUGAUAAGUAUAAGUAACCCCUUUUUAAAAAUAUUUUUUAUGGUGGGAGGCUUGAAUCUAUGUAUGGCCAGAGACACUAUAGUAUUCGGAAUACAGGUUUAUAUUCCUAACACUAUAGUGUUCCUUUUAAAAGUAUUGAUUUAUUUUUUUAUUAUUAAAAUGGUCCUAUUUGCCAAAAUACAAUCACUGAUACUAUAUAUAUAUACAUAUAUACACACACACAAAUUCACUGACUCACGCGGAGUGGCACACACACUUACUCAAGCAGACAUACACUGAUUCAUGUUGACUGGCACACACACACACACACACACACACUGACUGAUGCAGACUAAAACACACUCACAGACCCAAGCUGACACACACACUGAUCCAGGCACACACACUAACCCAAGCACACACUCACUGAUCCAGACAGACCCAAGCAGACACCUCAAUAGACCUAAGCAGAAACACCAAUAGACCCAAGCACACACACACACUGGUCCAAGCAAACACACACUAACCCAAGCACACACACACAGACUGAAGCACACACAAACAAACUGAUUAAAACAGGCUGACACACACACAUGCACAAACACCAUGAAGUCCCCCACUUGCCUAUGUUACAAAUAGUCUCUCUCCGUGGGUCCCAAUCCAGGCCUGGCUGUCUUGACUCUCUUUUAUGUCCGCCCUCGCUAUCCUCCCGCCCCCUUGACCACAAAUACAGGGCACGGGGCGGGAGCGAUCGUGCAAUGCACCCGUGCACUGCCAGCAUAUGAGAGAUGUGUAGGGGGAGGCUCUCUGAUAUUUGGGGGCUGAGGUUUAAGGCACCGGGUGCUUGUCUGCAGCCAUGUAAGUGCUCCCUAGUGCCUGGUGCCAUGAUUUGCUGCACGCAAUGCAGAAUUUGUCCCACAUAGAGGGGAACUUCUUAUGGGCGCUCCCCCUUAAGCAGCCUAUAGGACGCGCCGGCCAUGGUUGCUAGUUUACAUUUUUCAUUAUUUAACUUUAAAUUCACCACCCAAUGCCUAAGGCUAACCAUUUACUCAUUUAUUACUCAUUUAUAUUUACAAUGAAGAGCUGCUGGCUGCUCACUGUUUAGUAAAUAUGCCCCCAUCCACUCCAUAACCGAUGAGUGCAUAAAUGAGGUUAGAAACACAGGCAAACACAAGUUAUAAAUCCUUCAAUUCUAAGUAUCAUCCCUUCUCCAGGUUUGGUUAUUGCUCCUUAUGGCCAGGCGUGGAAGGAGCACAGACGCUUCACUCUGUCUACACUGCGGAGUUUUGGUCUGGGCAAAAAGUCCAUGGAGGAAAGGAUUGCCGAGGAGAGCUCCUAUUUAAUAAAGGAAUUUGAAAAGAACAAAGGUAACAACCUUCUAUUACAUAAACAAUUAAAGUUAAACUGUAAAAACAAAUAUCUUUCAUGACCUGUUCUCUUCUCAAUUGCCUUCAAAAGGUAUUUAGUAUCUUUCAUAAAAUAGGAGAAACAGGUAUUCAAGUGGAGUGAGGUUUUUUUUCCCCAAAAAAUAUUGCAAAAACUUAAAUCUAUGCUAGAGAUUUCCUAAAAAUACUGCAAAACUUAUAUACAUGCUAUACAUUCUAUGUUGCAUAAUGCAUUAUGCAGGUACAGAGGGGGAGUCCUGUGAAGGAAGCUAUGGGAAUGAUAAAAGAGAAGGGUCAGGGCACAUUCAAGGGCGGGCUACAGUUUUCCUGUGUUUUGGAUGGACCACUCCAGGAUUUUCUGGAAAUGAAUAGAUUUACAAUAAUGUCUUGGAGGACCAAAACCCCAAAUUCUUGAGCUUUAGUGAUGAUGUCAUAGCAAGGAUGCCACAUUUACCAAAACUGCUUUAGGAAUAGCGACUGGUAAGGUCUGCAACAAGUAAAGAACGUCCAUUUUUAAAUUGCUCCCGCUCUACCCGUUCAAGUAUUAUGAGUGAUGGACCAGUUGUGAAGGUUUUUUUGCACUUGUAGGAGAAGCAGGAAAUUCAGGUUGUAGGUCUGCGAUAAAUUCAAAGGGAUCUGGGUGACACAGUCACAUACAUUAGAAGAAGGCAACCAUUGAAGAGGGCAAUCUUAGUAAGAGUAAGGGACUUUGAUAUCAAAUAUUUCAGAAUUUGUGCAAUGCUUAUUUAUUUGGCGUCUGAAUUGCUCAAAUUCAGUUAUGAAGGUGCGUAGUGAUCUGAUUGGGAGACAGUAAAUAUCAUGUAAUCUAUCUACAUUACUAUUUGAAAUGACCAAGUUCCGUCUAAGAUGCCACAGUCAGUAUUGUAUUGAGCCAGUCUAGCUAGUGAGUAGGAGAUCGAGAUAAUGGUGAGGGAGAAAGAAAUAAUCAAUAAGGGAAUUGGAUUUAUGCUCAAGGAAAUAAAAAGUAAAAUCCUUUCCUGUGGGGGAUUUUGAAGUCCUCUAGCAGUCUGAGUUGACGUUCUUGAAGUGUGUACACCCCACAGGAGAGGAGGAGGGCUAAUGGUAUGCAGUGGAAACCUGGUUCAGGUGGGAUAUUUAAAUCCCCUCUAAAUAUUAACACUCCUUCUUAAAUGCUUUUCAUUUGUGAAAAGCUGAGACCAGAAACUCCUUUUGAUUCCUAUUAGGAAUGUAAAAGUUAGUAAAUCUGUAAUUAUUAUUUUACUUUUUACAGCCAUCACAGAAUGUUGCCAAGCCCUGCCACCAGCCUUUUCUUCUUUAAGUAGACAUGGCGAAAAGUUUCAUUUUAAUUGGUCCUGCUGGUGCACUGUUAAUAGCAUUUGAAGAGCAUAUCUCUGUUUUUCUACAUUUUUGACUGAUUACUAUAAUUUAUUUUCUUCAGAUACCUUGCUGAAUCCACAUGUUGCCAUCGAUAAUGCUGUAUCCAACAUAAUUUGUUCCAUUGUGUUCGGGAGGCGCUAUGAUUAUGAUGACUCCACUUUCCAAAAUGUUCUUAACCUGGUCCAUGAAAAUAUGAAGUUAACUACAAGUGUUUGGACACAGGUAUAAAAGGACGUUGCAACUGGAUAUCGUAAAUAAGACCACCCCUAAAUAAAUUAGCUCUGCUCAGAGAGGCCAUGCAAUAAAGUAAAAAUUCUGCUUCAGCUUAUUGGGAAGGUAAAUUUUAAUUUAAAUUAAAAAGAAAACUAUAGUUUUAAUCUCAAAACUGCAACUGAUACCUCAUACAAACUUGUGGUGGGGGGAUAGCUUACAGGAACACCCUAAGUGCCAUAACCAAUAAGGAGUGUUGACAGGGUUGCUCAAUUAACUCUCAAUUGUAGCAAACUUAAAAUAUGAUUUGCGAAACGUAGACUAAAAUAGCCAGGCGGAGACUAUAGUUAUGUUGGAGGCAUUCAUGUUUUCCAGGAGAUCAGUUGUGUAUUCUAUAUAUUACUAUGUGAACCCUUAUAUCUUUUCACCUUUCAGCUGUAUAAUGCAUUUGGAUUCAUCCAUUAUCUCCCUCUGCCGCACCAGAAGAUUUUCAGAAACGUAAAAGUUAUUUUUACAUUUCUGGAGAAUGUUUUAGAGGAACACAAGACAACUAGGAUGCGUGGGGAUCCCCGAGACUAUAUAGACUGUUAUCUGGAUGAGCUCGAUAAGGUACUGUGUUAGGUUUAGUCACUAAAGACCAAAUGUAGUGUGAAUAUGGACCGGAGUUUCAAAACUUUGAUUGAAUUUGCAAAUCAGUGAUUCUCACAUGCAAAUCCUAUCCCAUCAAACAUUAACCCCUUAAGGACACAUGACAUAUGUGACCUGUCAUGAUUCCCUUUUAUUCCAGAAGUUUGGUCCUUAGGAUCACUAUAGGGUCAGGAACAGAAACAUGUAUUCCUGACCCUAUAGUGCCAUCUAGCCCCCCUGGGCCACUCAUGCCUCCAUAAAUAUAGCAAAAUCUUACUGUAUUCAAGCCUGAAGCUGUAACUCUGCAUGCUGUUAGACUCAGAAAAACAAGCAGUCUGCUGACAUUGUCAGAAGUAGUGGCCUGAUCCAAUCACAAUGCUUCCCCAUAGGAUUGGCUGAGACUGACAAAGAGGCAGAUCAGGGGCAGAGCCAGCACGAUUCAAACACAGCCCUGGCCAAUCAGCAUCUCCUCAUAGAGAUGAAUUGAAUCAAUGAAUCUCUAUGAGGAAAGUUCUGAAUGUGUGGAUGCAUUUUAGGCAUCCAUGACCCAGGAAGGAUCUCUAACAGCCAUUUGAGGAGUGGCCAGUGAAGUUAUCACUAGGCUGUAAACACUGCGUUUUCUCUGAAAAGACAUUGUUUACAGCAAAAAGCCUGAAGGUAAUGAUUCUACUCACCAGAACAAAUUCAAUAAGCUGUAGUUGUUCUGGUGACUAUAGUGUCCCUUUAAAACCACUGAAAGGUGAAGUGAAUAACAUUGAUUAUAGUGUUACAAUGGCUCCUGUCAAGGGGUGGGAUAUAUUAGGCAACAAAUGAACAGUCAAACACAACAAAGAUACAUGAUAAAGUGGUACAGUGCAAACUUGUAAAGAGAAUGUUAUUUAUUUAUUUGAAAAACACUUUAAAGUGCAGCUUGUCAAUACAAAUAAUUUGUCACUAUAACAACAUUAGUAAUGCAGCAACCAUUCAAAGAUCCUAAGCAAAUAAAAUCCCAAUCAACAUAAAUAUAGAAAAUGGUGGGCAAAAAUGUGAAUAUUCUAAAUAAAUAAGUCUUGUGGGUUUAACCCGUAUGUAGUGAUUAGUACCUACCAAAAGUGGCGCAAGGAAGGACAACCAGUGUCAGAAUCAUGGGCGCCCAAAGCUCAUUGAUGUACUUUGGGUCUAUAAAGCUAGCCCAUAUGGUUCAAUCACACAGAAGAUAUACUGCUCAAAUUGCUGAAAUACUUAAUGUUGGCCAUGAUAGAAAGGUGUCAGAACACACAGUGCUUCACAGUUUGCUAUGUAUGGAGCCGCAUAUCCGCAUACCGGUCAGAGUGCCCAUGACGACUCUCUGUCCACCACAGAAAGCACCUUCAAUGGAGAUAUAAGCAUCAGGAGCAAUGGUAGAAGGCUGCUUGAUCUAAUAAAUCACAUUUUCUUUUGGAUCAAGUGGCCGUGUGUGUGUGCAUCAUUUACCUGGGGAAUAGGCAGCAGUAUGCACUAUGGGAAGAAGGCAGGCGGUGGGGAAAGUUAUGCUCUGGGAAACCUUGGGUCCUGGCAUUCAUGUGGAUGUUACUUUAACAUGUGCCACAUACCUAGAGAUUGUUGCAGACCAUGUAGACCCCUUCAUGGCAAUGGUGUUCCUGGAUGCCAGUGGCCUCUUUCAGCAGGAUAAUGCACCCUGCCACACUGCAAAAAUUGUUGAGGAAUGUUUUAAGAAACCUGACAAAGAGUUCAAGGUGUUGCAUUGGCUUCCAAAUUCCCCAGAUUUCAAUCCGAUUGAACACUACAAGUCAUAGGGCUAUAAGUACAAGUAGUACAUUGCUAUUUUAAAAUAUAUAGCUUAACCCCUUAAGGACACAUGAAAUGUGUGACAUGUCAUGAUUCCCUUUUAUUCCAGAAGUUAAGGACGCAAGACAGAAAUUUUCUGUCAUGCCGGUCCUACCCUUAAGAACGCGUGACGGAACAUUUCCUUCAUGCAGUAUUUUCCCAGUAGAGUCUAUUACCUUGCUGGUAACUAUGAGCCCCAAGUAUCAUUUGAUUCCUGGGGCUCCCCUCUCUCACCUGGGGCCAGAAUUAGUGGCUCCAGACUGAUCGAUGCUCUGUUUGCAGAGCUCAAAGUGAGCGCUGCAAACAAGCAUUCAAAUGGGAAUUUAAAUCCCCACUAUUACAAUUUGGUGUGAUCAGGGUUAAAUCCCUGCUCACACAAGGGAGUUCCAGGUAUCAAUGAAAACCUGGGUCUCCCCUCUAUCAGCUGGGGACAUUUUUAGUGACCCUAGCCUUUUUGAUGAGUACAGCUAAAAUAAUGUUAUGACCGUGGGACACACAAGAUUUAAAAAAAUAAGCAUCAAAAAUACUAUGUAUAUGUAAAAAUGUUAAAAUAAAAAUGAAUACCACAAACUUUGAAACAAAAUGGUAACAAAAUGUCACUUCAAUAAAGCUUAUAAUAUUUUAUGUGAGAGUCCCCAUGUUGUCCACUUUUUUAAAUGGUAUGUAUUGGUGGCGUAAUUUAAAUAUAUGAGCGACUAAAAUGCCCCAAAAUGAAACAAAGACCCAUUGUCAAUUUGCCAUUUAAAAAACAACUGUACUGGGCCUGGUAUGAUUUUAGCUCUCUAUUUUUUCACAAAAACCUGGCUAAGGUAUACAAAGGGGGUCAUUUUGUACUCAGGAAAUAUAGCUGAGAAUAUCAAGUUCCCAAAAUUAACCACUAAAAUACAACAUGUGUGUAUAAAAAUGCAAAAAUAAAACAAUAUGAUAACAUUUGAAAGAAAUUGGUGCUUACAUAACUGUAUAAUAAAGCUCAAAAUAUACCAUAUGACAUAGCCCGUGGUGUCUACUUUCCCAAAUGAUAUGCAUUUAUGGGGUAAUUUUAAUUGUCAAAUUGCUACAAUGCCUUAAAAUGUGAUAUAGACACAUCAAAUUCAUUUAUCAAAAUUCUAAUUGUAAAAACUGUAAUGGUCAGGACUCUUUUACGGCACUGUAGCUUCACAGGUUAGUGACAAAGACAUACAUUGUGGGUAUUUUUUUACUCAGAAGAGUUUGCUGAGCAUAAUUAUGGGGUUUUGAUCACAGUGGCAUAUGCCAGACUUGAAAUGUGACCCAAAAAAAUAUAACGUGUAUGUAAAAAAUGCAAAAAAAAUAUUUUUUACCACAAAGUUUGACAUAAACUGGUGAAAAAAUGGCAUCACAUUAAGGCUCAAUAUACACCAUAUGAGAUACACUGUGUAGUGUCUACUUUCACCAAUGGUAGGUCCUUGAGGGAUAAAUUCCCCCAAAAUGAGACAUGCCCCCAUCAAAUUCAUCUAUCAAAAUUAUCACUGUGAAAACUGAAAUGGUCAGGUCUCUUUUAUGGCACAGUAACUUCACAGGAUAGUGGCAAAGGCAUAGAUUGGGGGUAUUGUUUUACUAGUUGAUAUGGCUGAAAACAAUAUGGGGUUUUCUACAGCAGUAGUAUAGAUCAGCUUAAAGGACCACUCUAGGCACCCAGACCGCUUCAGCUUAAUGAAGUGGUCUGGGUGCCAGGUCCCUCUAGGAUUGACCCUUUUUUUUAUAAACAUAGCAGUUUCAGAGAAACUGCUAUGUUUAUAAAUAGGUUAAUCCAGCCUCUAAAGCCUCUAGUGGCUGUCUCAUUGACAGCCGCUAGAGGUGUUUUUGUGUGCUUCUCACUGUGAAAAUCACAGUGAGAAGACACCAGCAUCCAUAGGAAAGAAUUAUGAAUGCUUUCCUAUGAGACUGGCUGAAUGCGCGCGCAGCUCCUGCCACGCAUGCGCAUUCAGCCGAAGAGGAGGAUCGGAGGCGGAGAGUAGGAGGAGAGCUCCCCGCCCGGCACUGGAGAAAAGGUAAGUUUUAACCCCUUCCUCACCAUCCAGCCCGGCGGGAGGGGGACCCUGAGGGUGGUGUAUGUUUUCCUGGCACUAUAGUGGUCCUUUAAUGAAAUACACAUUAAAAAUCCUUGUUUUAUGUGUGUAUGUUAGAAAUCUGAAAAAACACAAUUUUACUCCACUAUUUAGCAGAGAUUGGUGCCCGAAUGGCUACGUAAAAAGUGUCAGAAUACAUAGUUACAUAGCUGAAAAGAGACUUGCAUCCAUCAAGUUCAGCCUACCUCACAUUUGUUUUUUGCUGUUGAUCCAAAAGAAGGCAAAAAACCCAGUUUGAAGCACAAUUUUGCAACAAGCUAGGAAAAAAAAUUCCUUCUUGACCCCAGAAUGGCAGUCAGAUUUAUCCUUGGAUCAAGCAGUUAUUACCCUACAUUGAAGAUUAUAUCCUUGAAUAUUCUGUUCUUGCAAGUAUGCAUCUAGUAGCCGUUUGAACAUCUGUAUGGACUCUGAUAAAACCACUUCCUCAGGCAGAGAAUUCCACAUCCUGAUUGUUCUUACAGUAAAAAACCUUUCCUUUGCCUUAGGCGAAAUCUUCUUUCUUCCAGUCUAAACGCAUGGCCUCGUGUCCUAUGUAAAGUCCGGUUUGUGAAUAGAUUUCCACACAAUGGUUUGUAUUGGCCCCAAAUAUAUUUGUAUAAUGUUAUCAUAUCCCCUCUCAGGCAACGGUUUUCUAAACUAAAUAGGUUUAAAUUUGUUAACCUUUCUUCAUAGCCGAUAUGUUCCAUUCUUGUUAUUAGUUUUGUAGCCCGCCUCUGCACUUUUUCUAGUGCCAUAAUAUCCUUAAAUACCCUUUGGUAAAUAGCCUGUGAUGUGUGCUUUAUAUAAAUAUAUAUUUUUGUGCGGCAAUUUUGCUUUCUGUGAUGGCGCUUACAAGACAAACAUACCAAAUUCUAAAAUAGCUCCACAUUAAAAUUUUAUUUUACUCCUUGUAUUUUGUGACCUGUAACUUUCAAAGUAAGCUGUAAUCCUUGACAUUUUAUGUAAUCUGAAAAUCAGAACAACUAAUUGAAUAUUUUUUUAAUUACUUUCCUUAUGCUGCAUUUAUUAUACACACGUUAUUAUUGCAUAAACUGUGGGGAAAAAAACACAUUUUUUUUUCUUUUCCAUUUUUUUUGAUUUUUUUUUUAUAAUAAAAAAGGAUUUAUAUAUGUAUAUGUCGCAUCAGAUUAAAGCCCUUUUUGUCCUUUAAAAAAACGAUAUAUAACAUGUGUUGGUGCAAUAAAUAAGAAAAAUGCAAACGGAGGUUGAACGCAAACAGCAAAAAAUGUCCUUAAGGGUAAGUCCAGUUUGUGAAACUGUAUCCUUAAGGGGUUAAACAUGUAUCAAUAGUGAUAUGGUAACACUGUUAUCUGUCAUAAAUCUCUGGAUCACACCUCACAUGUACAUAUUUCUUUUUUAAGUACACAACCCAGGGUAUUCAAGAUGGGGUAUGUCCAAUCUUUUUUAAUAGCCACUUAGUCACAAACACUGACCAAAUUUAGCAUUUAUAUUUGUUUGUGCUUUAAAAAUGCAAAAAUCAAUUAUGAAUGCUAACUUUGGUCAGUGUUUUUGACUAAUUGGCUACUAGAAAAGACUGAACAUACCCCAUCUGCAAUACCUUGGGUUGUCUUCUACUGCAAAUAGUAUGCCAUCAUGGGGUAAUUCUCAUUCCUAUAUGCUCUCAAAGGCAACAUAACCAAUCUGGAAAAUUUCAAUGUGAAAAAAUGGAAACCGACCUUGUAACUUUCAAAAACACUACAAAACCUGUAUAUGAGGGGUACUGUUAUACUCGGGAGACUUCGCUGAACACAAAUAUUAGUGUUUUAAAACAGUAAAAUGUAUCAGUGAAAGUGCUGUUUGUGAGUGAAAAAUGCAAAAAAAAAGUCACUUUCACUGACAAUAUCAUCGCUGUGAUAUGUUUUACUGUUUUGAAACACUAAUAUUUGUGUUCAGCUGAGUCUCCCGAGUAAACAGUACCCUCCAUGUACAGGUUUUAGGAUGUCAUGGAAAGUUACAGGGUAAAAUACAGUGCUAGCAAAUUAAAUUCUCUGAACUUUCGGAGGCAGGUCCCUCAAAUUGCAAUCAAUAAAAUUACUUAAUAAUGUAAAAAUAUUACAAAAAUAUGCACGUAGAAUUUAAAUAUAUUUACAUAAUUAUAUAUUUGAAGUCUACGUGUAUAUUUAUGAAAUGAUUUAUGUAAUUAUGGAGAAAGAUAUAUAUAUAUAUAUAUAUGUAUAUAUAUAUAUAUAUAUACACACACACCGAUUAGAGAGCACUCUGGAGUAUUGGUAAAGUAAAUUCAAACAGCUGCUUUAUUAAGCAAACGCAGUGAUAAACACAAUAGUUAACAUUUCAGUCUAUGCAGACUUUUUUCUGCAUGGCUCAUUAACUUCAAAGGAACUAAUUAACUCAAGUGCUUUCCCUGGGUGGCCACCAUUCGUAUAACUGAUCAUACGUGCCUUAGUAAAUGGUGGCCAUUUUGUCUCCCGAAUGCAGGCAGCGGUGCUUGAUCAUCCAACGCAUGGAACUAUUUUCAGAUACUCUAUCUCACGGUUCCCGGGAAAACAGUACCGCUGCCUGCUCCUCUCACAGACAAGCCAGGAGAACGAUAUUUGGGAAAAAUACACUACCGACUGGGGAGAGCAUUCGCUCCUUAAGAGCCAGGGGUGCUUCGAACAGGAACUCCCGAAAGUUGAAUGGCCGAUACCUCUUUCCUCCUGGAACUAUUUUGGCAACAACCACUUGGGUGGCCAGUCAGCACUUUACCUCAAUGGCGAUUCCCCUACACUGGAUGGAUCUGCCUGCUAUUUGGACAACUUGGCCGCUCAGAUCCAGGCUAUUCAGGGAUAUAAGGGGUUCCUGUACAAUUUGACUAUAAUUUUGGGGUACUUUGUAUAUUUUAUGUAGGGUGGGUAGAAAAUUAGUGGGGAAAUUGGGGGAUUUACCGUUAGGAUAGUUGGGGGUUAUCAGUAAAAAAAAAUAAUUAAAAAGUGAAAAAAAGUUUUAAAAUAGUAAAAUAAGUUGUUAAAAGCUAAAGAAAAAGUUUUAAAAGUUAAAACGUUAAAAAGUAAAAAUAAACGUUUAAAAAAGGGAAAAAAUGCGUAUUACCUCUACACUUGGUACAGCCUAGCGAAAAAAUGAUACCACGCUAAAGUUUAAAAUAUGCCUUUUGAAACACCCUGGGGUGUCUUCUUUAGGAAAUGGUAUGCGUUCGUGAAGUAAUUGGAAAACACAACCUACUAAAAAAAUUCCAAAGUGGGGCUUAAAUAGUAUGGUCUCCUAUAUGGCAUUGUUGCUUCACAGAAUAGGGGCAAAGGUAUACAAUGGGGGUAUCGUUGUACUCAGCAGAUGUAGCUAAACACAAUAUGGGGUUCUGUACAGCAGGGACAUAUUUGCCGCGAGGCAAACAUGGCAUUUGCCUUGGGCGGAAAUUUCAAGGGGGCGGCAAAAAAACGCCGCCUCCAAAUGCCCAGUCAAAUACCUUGUUUGCCUCGUUUAAUGUGAGCCCAAGUGGUGGCCACCUGGCCACCUUUGGGCUCCCCCGGGGCGGGUAGUCACACUGUGUAGUCAGUGAGGGAGUACUUUCCCCUGCGCGCUCUGCUCAGCUCCCUCACGCGCCGCAGAGUGAUGCCGGAAGCCAAAAUAUGAUGUCUCACUCUGUGGCGCGCGAGGGAGCUGAGCAGAGCGCUCAGGUGAAAGUGCUCCCUCGUUGACUGCACAGUGUGAUUGCCCGCCGGGAAACAACCGUCCACAUGCCUGCACGUCCAGCCGCCUCUCUGCUCCACUGGACCCCAGUGUCAGUCAGUGAGUGUGUGUGAGUGAAUGUGAGUGUGUGUGUGUCUGUCAGUGAAUGUGUGUGUCGGUCAGUCAGUGAGCGCGUGCGUCUGUCAGUGAGCUGGAGUCUGUCAGUGUGUGUCCGAGUAAUAGUGUAUGUCUGUCUAUCAGUGUGUCAAAUCAGUGAGUGUGUGUAGGUCAUAGUUUGUCAGUGUAUAUGAGAGUGUGUGUCUGUCAGAGAGUGUAUGCAUUUAUCAGUGAGAGUGUGCAUCUGUAAGUGAGUGAGCAUCUGUCAGUCAAAGUGCGGCCUUGACAGGAAGGCGGGGGGUGACUGAGGACCGUCCUGCCUAGGGCAGCACAAAUCCUAAAUACACCACUGCUGUACAGGGAUAGCACACACUAGCUUUACGAAAUACACAUUACAAAAACCAUGUUAUAUGUGUAAAUGCCAAAAUAGAGAAAAAACACAAUUUUACUCCAAUAUUUACCAGAAAUUGUAAAAAGUGUAAAAAUAACCGUAGGUAAAUAGCCUGUGAUGUCUACUUUAUAUAAAUAUAUACUUUUGUGUGUCAAUUUUGUUUUCUGCAAUGGGUAUUCCAAGACAAACAUACCAACUUAUAAAAUUGUUUCACAUUGAAAUUUUAUUUUUGACCUUGUAGUUUGUGACCUGUAACUUUCAAAAUAAACUAAAAUCCUACACAUAUUAUGUACUCUGUAAAUCAAGAGACAUACAUGAAUGGAUUUCGAAUUACUUUUCCUAAGCUGGACAUAUUAUGCACAUGUUAUUAUUGCCAAAACAUGGGGAAAAAAGCAUUUUAUUUUGUUUUUUUUCCCAUUAUUUUGCAUCUUUUUUUGUAAACAAUAAAAAUUUAUAAAUGUAUAUGUUACAUCAAAUUAAAGCCCUUUUUGUUGUCUAGAAGCGGUAUGUAAUAUGUGUUGGUACAAUAAAUGAGAGAGAUGCAAACUGCAGUUGAACACAAACCGCAAAAAAUGCAAAAAUUGCUUUUGUCCUAAAGGGACACUAUAGUCACCUGUACAACUUUAGCUUAAUGAAGCCGUUUUGGUGUAUAGAACAUGCCCCUGCAGCCUCACUGCUCAAUCCUCUGCCAUUUAGGAGUUAAAUCCCUUUGUUUAUGAACCCUAGUCACACCUCCCUGCAUGUGACUUGCACAGCCUUCCAUAAACACUUCCUGUAAAGAGAGCCCUAUUUAGGCUUUCUUUAUUGCAAGUUCUGUUUAAUUAAGAUUUUCUUAUCCCCUGCUAUGUUAAUAGCUUGCUAGACCCUGCAAGAGCCUCCUGUAUGUGAUUAAAGUUCAAUUUAGAGAUUGAGAUACAAUUAUUUAAGGUAAAUUGCAUCUGUUUGAAAGUGAAACCAGUUUUUUUUUUUCAUGCAGGCUCUGUCAAUCAUAGCCAGGGGAGGUGUGGCUAGGGCUGCAUAAACGGAAACAAAGUGAUUUAACUCCUAAAUGACAGUGAAUUGAGCAGUGAAAUUGCAGGGGAAUGAUCUAUAUACUAAAACUGCUUUAUUUAGCUAAAGUAAUUCAGGUGACUAUAGUGUUCCUUUAAGGGUAUGUCCAGCUUCUGAAGUUGUGUCCUUAAGGAGUUAAUACGAUACGGUAAUUGUUUUGUUUCAAAACUCGCCUCUCUUCUUCAUAAUUAUAUUAUGAUUACAAGCACAACUUGUUCUUUUGUGUUAAAUUGUAUAAAAUUCAAAACUCUUCAAUAAAGAAUUGUAAAACAAAUAUGGGUAUGUCAGGCAAUGUCUGCUUUUUGCUUCUAAUGGAACUUCUCACUAUGAUUAAUGUUUAGGAAAGAGAGCAGGAUAGCUCUAGAACGACAUAUGAUAGUAAGAAUCUGUUUGCUUGCGUAGUAGAUCUGUUCGUUGGUGGGACUGACACUACGUCUGCCAGCCUAGAAUGGUGCUUGCUCUACAUGAUGAGAUUUCCAGACAUACAAGGUACCAUACGAAUGUAACCCUUUAGAGUUUAGAUGUCAUGCCCUGUAAAGCUCUACAGCUGUGUGACCUUGACAAUUAUUUGUUUCAGAGAAAUGUCGAAAUGAAAUAGACAAAGUUCGUGGAGACCGAGAACGGCUUGACUAUGAGGACCGAGUGUGCAUGCCGUACACACAGGCUGUUCUACAAGAGGUUCAGCGUUUCACCAACGUUGUGCCAUUAGGAGCUCCUCACUCAACGCUAAAGGAUGAACAACUGAAUGGCUUUACUAUACCAAAGGUAAGUUAAAGGAACACUCCAGGCACCAAUACUAAUUUAAUACAUUUAGUAAGUUCUAACCUUAUUAAUAUGCUUUUUUUCGAUGCUCAGAUAUUUAUAGUUUUUGCAUAAAAUAAAUGUUUUGCAGAAUGCAGCACUAUAAGCCUGGCUUCUUAGCCACCCCUCACUCCAGAAAAAAAGACUUCCUUUUCAAACUUAUACUAUAUGUAUGAUGGUUUAGUGCUUAGACUGUAUUGGUAAAACAGGGGAGGCAGCUCACCAACGCAGUCCGGAGUCUCAAUUUUCCAGCUAGGUACAGGAUGCUUGUUUGAGAAGGACUAAGUAGCACCUCACAGUGUUCACAAUUAAUAUAUGGAACAAUCAACGGAGAGAUAUCUAAUAACCCCUGUAUGGGAGAUAUCCCAGUCAGGGCUGACCAGUAUGAGUGGUACCCACCCACUCUGGGCAUGAACCCUAAUAAUGUUACAAAAGAAAGAAAAUUGGGAAAUUCUCCUGAGGAGAGAUCCCCAUUGGGGUACAAAAUGGUAAAUAGGCUGUGACAAAAAAUACAACAUAUGUUCUAUUUUUUUUGUCACAGCCUAUUUACCAUUUUGUACCCCAAUGGGGAUCUCUUCUCAGGAUAAUUUCCCAAUUUUCUUUCUUUUCUAAUAUAUGGGAAAAAAACAAAUGAUGAAAGGAAAUGGAUAAGUGUAUGGUCUAGUAUUUUCCGCAACAUGAGAAAGCAAGGAAAAAGAAAUUCACUUACAGGUGAACGGAGCUGGCAAGAGCUCCACUUAUAGGCACUUGAGUGGUAUGGUCCCCGCGUAAGGAUGCUUAUCGUGUCCUUUGGUUUGCAUGGUAUACAGUGGUUCCCCCUGUACAGUGGUAUAAUUAAGUAGAGAAGAAACAGAAACAAUCCAAAUCAAUCUGUGCCUUGUCUGUGCCAGGACUGAACUGGAUCGUGUUAUUGUUAGCAGUUCUCCUUUAAGCGAUAAUGUCAUGCCUUAAUUUAACAUUAUUUGCUAGACCAUUAUCCCUCAGGAGUUAAAGAAUGUACAUUUUUGUAGGACACCAUGGGACACCAUAGCUAUUUCUGUUACAGUUGCAGCUCUUACCGCAUGUUUUCUUCUGGACAGGGAACAAUGAUUAUCAUAGAUCUGUCUUCACUUCACAAGGAUGAGACUUACUGGAAAUAUCCUGAUGAGUUUAAUCCAGAGAACUUCCUGAAUGAGGAUGGGGAACUCCUUAAAGUAGAAUCUUUCUUACCAUUCUCUGCAGGUGAGUUGCAGGGUCAUUGGUGGACUGCAAACAUUUGCGACCAGUGUUUACAUUAAAUACGUGAAAUGAAUUUUAAAACAAGUACAGUGAUGAUUUACCAUUUGUGUUACAAUCCUCUUUUAUGCGAUGAGUACAAAUGGAUGUCAGAGCAUCAUGGGAAAUGUACCAUACAGUCACAGCUGAGCAUAAGGUGAAAGGGAAACUUUGGAAACUCAAUGACCUCAUCUCAAUUAAGUCAAUAUAGUGUCUUUGGGUCCUGGACAUCAUCCUACUUAUGGGUUUAAACCAUUUAACAGUUCAACCCCAAAGUUGAUGGUGCCUACCCACUCGCCUCCUCUGGCAAAUGUAGAAACCUUUCCAUUGGGUGUCUGGAAUCAGCUGAGAGCAUCAGCGGGCCCACAGAGAAAUAUUUGAGAGAAAUACUUUGGAAAUGUAUCUUUCAUAGGGGAAUGUGGUAGCAGGUUUGGGUGGACUUAAACAAAGAGAUUCAGAAUAGUUUAUCACAAUGGGGUUUUAUUUAGUCAACACCAAAUUGUAUUGAAUUUUAAAUGAAUUGCAACAUAUAGACUGAUAUGUCUGUAUUUUAUAUAUAUAUAUAUAUAUAUAUAUAUAUAUAUAUAUAUAUAUAUAUAUAUAUAUAUAUAUAUAUAUAUAUAUAUAUAUAUAUAUAGUUAAUACAAUGCUAAACAAAAAUCUGCACACCAGUCAAGCCAUAAGACUUGCUUUUCCCACAGAAGAGUUGCAUUAACAACGAAACAGCUGUCCAUGAGUGGUUCACUGGUUUUGCAUUUUAUCCUAAAUUGUGUUCCAAGCAGUUGUAUACUGCAAACACAAAUUAAAAGGAAUCCAUGUUUAAAAUGGAAUGAGGCAAAAAUGUGAUUCUUUGUUAAACUAAUUUGCAUAUGCCCACCCAGAAUCCUUUGCGGUUGUAACAUCACUGCUGAUUUGGGAUUUCUGUGGGAAAAGCAAGUCUUAUGGCUUGACUGGUGUGCAGAUUUUUGUUUAGCAUUGUAUUAACUAUCCACAUACUUCAGGUGGAAGGGGUUUUCAAUCACAAUUUUUCCCCACCAUAAUCUAUUUGGAUCUUGCUUCACAAGCACUACCAAGCCUCCAUAAGCAAACCAGUAACCAACCUCAUGCUGAAGAGUUGCAUUAACAACGAAACAGCUGUCCAUGAGUGGUUCACUGGUUUUGCAUCUUAUCCUAAAUUGUGUUCCAAGCAGUUGUAUACCGCAAACACAAAUUAAAAGGAAUCCAUGUUUAAAAUGGAAUGAGGCAAAAAUGUGAUUCUUUGUUAAACUAAUUUGCAUAUGCCCACCCAGAAUCCUUUGCGGUUGUAACAUCACUGCUGAUUUGGGAUUUCUGUGGGAAAAGCAAGUCUUAUGGCUUGACUGGUGUGCAGAUUUUUGUUUAGCAUUGUAUUAACUAUCCACAUACUUCAGGUGGAAGGGGUUUUCAAUCACAAUUUUUCCCCACCAUAAUCUAUUUGUAUAUAUAUAUAUAUAUUCCUGAAAUUAUAGAGUUGUACCAAGACAUACGUGUCCCUCUCUGCCCAGAUUAUGUUGCUAAUGUCUUUAAAGGACCAAUGUUAUCUAAUUUUCACUUCUUGUUUUUUAAAAAUGCAUUUCAUUGACAUAACAACAACAACAACAACAAUAACAACAACAACAAAGUAUUAAACCAGGAAAGGUAUAUUCAGAUUACUUUGGUUUUCAAGUACGUCCUGGGGAUGUUACCUUAGCUCAACAUCCAGAGAUUAUGAGAUAUAAUUAUAUGUUUUUAAAUUAUGUAUAUUUAUUUUCAUUUUUGAGAAAAUUUCACUUUAUCUGACUGAACAGCCAUGUUGGAGCUGACUCUGUUGUUAUCUGACCAACUGCUGCUCAUCCUAACUUGCCAGCUGCUGCAAUUGGUAAGUGUACUCUGCAGAAACAGGCCAGAUAGAUUGAUAUGCAUAGUUUUAAAAUAAAAAUCAUUAACUCGAAAGUGAAUGUAAAUGAAAGUUUCAUAAUAGAGACACUAUAGUUACCAAAACAACAUUAACUUAAUGAAUCGGUUUUGGUGUAUAGAUCAUGUCCCUGCAGUCUCACUGCUUCGUUCUUUGAAAUUUAGGAGUUAAGUCACUUUUGUUUCUGUUUAUGCAGCCCUGGCUAUACCUCCCCUGGCUGGGAUUCUUACAGUCUGCAUGAAAACAAAGUGGUUUCAUUUUCAAUCAGAUGUUAACUUGCUUCAGAUGUUUAGAUCUCUGUAAAUGAAACAUUAACCAGAAACAGUAGGUGCCUGCAAGGUCUAGCAAGCUAUUAACAGAGCAGGUAAGCAUAUAUUCUAAAUUAAACAGACUGUGCAAUAAAGGAAGUGUAAACAUUACAUCUCACUUUACAGGAAGUGUUUAGGAAGGCUGUGAACGUUAGAUGGAGGGAAGUGUGACUAGGGCAGCAUAAACAAGAUGAUUGAGUCUCUGAGACUGCACUGGCAUGAUCUACACACCAAACUGCUUCAUUAGGCUAAGGUUGUUAUGGUGACUAUAGUGCCCCUAUAUAUGUAAUAAAUCUUUAAACAUGUGAAGUGAAAAUUUGAUGACAUUUGUUCUUUAAUUCAAUCCUCCCCAGAUACUGAUAUACUGGGGAGACACAAUUGUGUUAUAUAUAUAUAUAUUGCCAGCUUUUCUUAACUAGGGAGCCUAGCUACCUUUGGGAGUGCUGGAGUGGAUUAUUCUCUGGGGUCCAGGGGGCUGGUAGGUACGUGCAGUUGGGCUGGCAGGCGCAGUGGCUGUGGGCCGCGAGGGAGCUCUGAUCUUCCUGCUCAGCUCUCUUGUGCACCUCUCAGUGAUCCCGGGGCCGUGGUGACAUCAUAUUCCGCCUCUGGUAUCACUUUGGGUCGCGUGAGGGAGCUGAGCAGGAUGAGCUCAGGACCUGCCAGCCAGUCAGCUCUUGGGCCUCCUAGGACAAGAGCCCCGGGGGAUAGUGGGGUCUGAGGUGGCUUUCUGGCCAGCUCCUGGCAUUUGCCAGGGCAUUUGGGGGGUGUUUUUUUUUGCCGCCCCCCUGAAAGUGCUGCCCAAGGCAAAUGCCUUGCCAGCCUCACGGUAGAUACAUCGCUGAUUGUGAAAGAUGUCACACACUGUAAGGUAAGCAUUUGAAAUGUUUCUUUUACUCUAUAAGAGGUAGAACAUUGGGAUCAUUUGUGUGAAUAACCUUACAGCAUGACUGUAAGUAGAGGCAUAGCAAAACACUGGUUAAAUUCUACUUCAGCUUUUUAGUCACAUAAUUUUCCACUAUUUUGUUAUGUUCUGUUUUUUUGUUUUCUCCCACAGGCCCAAGGGGCUGCAUUGGAGAAAAUCUUGCUCGUAUGGAACUGUUCCUCUUUUUUACCACCCUCCUGACACACUUUGAAUUUCAGUGGCCAGACCCAGCAUCACCUCCAGAUCUCACACCAGUGUUUGGCAUUACUCAGCCCACAAAACCCUUUAAAAUGCGCCUGGUAUCACGCAGAUAAUCACCUGUAGAUCAAUGGAUGCUGAAAUAGAACCAAAAAUAUAACUUUUCUAUAAAAACCCAAUAUGUAAAUGUUUCAAUAAAAUGUAUGUAUUAUUUUAAAA